CUCCUCUGAACAUCGAUGUGGCGAACAGACCUCGACGCCAAGACUGGUGUGGGGAACUCCUAUGAAAAUGGCUCUUUCUAUUUUUAUACGAGAAAAGCCCUGGAAAACGGCCUUGAACAGUUGGACAAGAUCGCUUACUAUGAGAUGCUGCCUGAGCACAGCGUUGAUAUCGACGUGGACAUCGACUGGCCUGUCGCUGAGCAGAGGGUUCUGAGGUUUGGCUACUUCGGCCAAGAGGAGAAAGCGGCGAUCAGGCUGUUUCUGUGUAAUGUGUCUGGCUGUUUGACGAAUUGUCAGAUUUACACAUCGGUUUCUGGAGAGGACCUUGUGGCCAUCAAUGCUCGAGACGUGGCAGGCAUACAGAUGCUGCAGAGAGAAGAUAUAGAGGUGCAGUCAUGUAGGCUGGCACAAAUAAUGGGGCAUAGUACCUAUACACUGUAAUAAAAACGUUCAUUUUAACGGUAAAAUUU